UUUUGUGAUAAGUAACUACUGAAGUACAUUUUUUUUUAAAUUUGAAAAUAGUUUUAAAAAUUGUUGUUUACUUUGUUAUUCCAGAAUUUUGACUAUUUCUUCCACAUUAUAACUGUUAAUACAAUUUGUAUAACAUCUAAUCAACAUGAUUCAUAGUUUAUUUAUUAUAAACUCUGCAUGUGAUGUUUUCAUUGAAAAACACUGGAAAAGCAUUAUUUCUAAAUCAGUAUGUGAUUACUUCUUUGAUCAACAUCGUAAAACCCUCAACCCUGAAGAUAUUCCACCUGUUAUAGCUACACCACAUCAUUAUUUAAUAAGCAUCUAUCGAAGUGGCUUAUUUUUUGUUGCUGUAUGUAUGACAGAAGUGCCACCUUUGUUUGUUAUUGAAUUCUUACAUAGAGUAGUUGAUACAUUUGAAGAUUAUUUUUCAGAAUGUUCUGAAAAUGUUGUGAAAGAUAACUAUGUUGUUGUAUAUGAAUUAUUAGAUGAAAUGCUAGAUAACGGAUUCCCAUUGGCUACUGAAUCUAAUAUUCUUAAAGAGCUUAUAAAACCUCCAAAUAUACUACGUACUAUUGCAAAUACUGUAACUGGAAAAUCAAAUUUUGAAGUUAAAAAUUGUGUAAGUGCAACAUUACCAAGUGGUCAAUUGUCUAAUGUACCUUGGAGACGUUCUGGUGUUAAGUAUACAAAUAAUGAAGCAUAUUUUGAUGUUAUUGAAGAAGUAGAUGCUAUAAUUGAUAAGGGAGGUGCUACAGUUUUUGCUGAAAUACAAGGAUAUAUUGAUUGUAGUAUUAAACUAACAGGUAUGCCAGAUCUUUCACUAUCAUUUAUGAAUCCACGACUAUUUGAUGAUGUCAGCUUCCAUCCCUGUGUUAGAUUUAAAAGAUGGGAGUCAGAACGAUUAUUGUCUUUCAUACCACCUGAUGGAAAUUUUCGACUUAUGUCAUAUCAUGUUGGAUCACAAGGAAUAGUUGCUAUUCCUAUUUAUGUAAAACAUAUGCUUUCAUUGAAAGAAACCGCAUCAGGCAGUGGACGUUUAGAUAUAACUGUUGGACCAAAACAGACUUUAGGAAGAACUAUUGAAAAUGUAAUUAUUGAAGUACCAAUGCCAAAGAGUGUAUUAAAUUGUACUCUUAUACCAAAUCAAGGUAAACAUUCAUUUGAUCCUGUUUCUAAAAUUUUAACUUGGGAAGUUGGUAGAAUAGAAACAACAAAAUUACCAAACAUCAGAGGAACUAUUAGUGUACCAGUAAAUACUGUAGUGACAGAUUCAAAUCCUGUUAUCAAUGUAAAAUUUACUAUAAAUCAGUUAGCACUGUCUGGGUUAAAAGUAAAUCGUCUUGAUAUGUAUGGAGAAAAAUAUAAACCAUUCAAAGGUGUAAAAUAUAUAACUAAAGCUGGUAAAUUUCAAAUCAGAAUGUAACUUUUGUAAUUAUUACAAAAUAACUAAAAUUUGUAUCUUCCUCUAAUGAUUAAUUAUUAUAUAUCUGAUUAUAUAAUCUGUUUUUCAUUUAUAUUUUUGUAAUUUAUUGUCAUUAUUUUUCUUUUAUACUUUUAUUUAGUGUUUGAUAAUAUAAUUAAGUCAAUUCCAUACAUAUAAGUUUAAAUUUAAGCAUUGUCACAUAAUGAUCAAUUAAAUUA